AUGGCAAAGGCAUACAUACAAUCUGAAUUUGAUGAACUGAUGGAAAAGGUUGAACAAGUUGAUGUUCGUGUAAAAAAUUACUUGGAAUCAGCAGGUUAUGAAAAAUGGGCAAGGGUAUAUGCAACAGUUGAUCGAGGAAUGGUUAUGACAUCAAACAUAGCUGAGUGCAUAAAUGCUUGUCUAUUUGAAGCAAGGGAAUUACCGGUAUACGAUUUUCUUGAGGAAGUAAGACAGAUGUUUGCAAGAUGGAAUUUGAAAAAUCAUACGUCUGCUUCACAUACAUUCACCACACUUUGUGGUAGACCACAAGAGAUGCUUGUUGCUAAUGAAGAAGCAUCAUUACGUAUGAAGGUUGUGACAUCAAAUAACUAUGUGUUUAGUGUUCAUCACGAAGGUAGAACCUACAUUGUUUGUUUGGAAAAUAAAACUUGUACUUGCAAGAGGUUUCAAAUAGAUGAAAUACCAUGUUCGCACGCUUGGGCUGUUUUAAAGAAGAAACAUUUUGAUGUUGGGCCAUAUUGUUCCGACGUGUACAAGCCAAGUAACUUGUUGAAUACAUAUAGCAUUCCAAUUCGUCCGUUACCUGAUCAAAAAGAGUGGAAUGUACCUGGGUAUAUUAAGGAUCAGAUAGUGCAGCCUCCAAAUCACAAAAAGCUUCCUGGAAGGCCAUCCAAAAAGUAUCGUGACAAGACGUAUAGCGAGCUAUAUGGUAAGAAGAGAAAGAAUUCUUGCAGUACGUGUGGGUUUAAAGGGCACAAUAGGCGUUCAUGUAGGAAUGGACCGCGUAUUGUAUAG